CAUGAUGCACCGCAAGGUCACAAGAUGGCGGCGCCCAGUGCGGUUCCCUGUUACCUUGGUAACAUGCGGGCGCUGCUAAGCCCCAUGUGUAGGCCGCGGGGUGUACCUGCAUUUUUGGGGUCCCUAGCCAGAUGCAGUCGGUUUGUGGCCCCUCUGUGCUCCCUGCCCCCCGAGUCUCUGCUGAGUCUGUCCUCUCCGGCCCUGGGGAGCCGCCUGACCCCCGGCCUCGGCCUCUGCCCUGAAUUCAUCUCCCCGGCGGAGGAGGCGGCUCUGUGCCGGGAGCUGGAGCCCAUCCUGCGGAGAAAGCGCUACGAGAGCGGCCACUGGGAUCAGGUGAGAGCCGGGGACAUAAUGCUAAUCAAUAUGGAAUGAUACCGUGUAAACAAUGCUAAUCAAUAUGGAAUGAUACCGUGUAAACAAUGCUAAUCAAUAUGGAAUAAUACCGUGUAAACAAUGCUAAUCAAUAUGGAAUAAUACCGUGUAAACAAUGCUAAUCAAUAUGGAAUUAUACCGUGUAAACAAUGCUAAUCAAUAUGGAAUAAUACCGUGUAAACAAUGCUAAUCAAUAUGGAAUAAUACCGUGUAAACAAUGCUAAUCAAUAUGGAAUAAUACCGUGUAAACAAUGCUAAUCAAUAUGGAAUAAUACCGUGUAAACAAUGCUAAUCAAUAUGGAAUGAUACCGUGUAAACAAUGCUAAUCAAUAUGGAAUUAUACCGUGUAAACAAUGCUAAUCAAUAUGGAAUUAUACCGUGUAAACAAUACUAAGCCAAUAUGGAAUUAUACCGUGUAACAAUACUAAUCAAUAUGGAAUUAUACAGUACUUAAACAAUGCUAAUCCAAUAUGAAAUUAUACAGUGUAAACAAUACUUUAAAUCAAUAUGGAAUAAUACCCGUGUAAACAAUGCUAAUCAAUAUGGAAUGAUACGUGUAAACAAUACUAGUAUCAAUAUGGAAUUAUACGUGUAAACAAUGCUAUCAAUAUGGAAUGAUACACGUGUAAACAAUGCUAAUCAAUAUGGAAUUAUACCGUGCUAACAAUGCUAAUCAAUAUGGAAUAAUACCCGUGUAAACAAUAUACUAAUCAAUAUAUGGAAUAGUACGUACAACAAUGCUAUCAAUAUGGAAUGAUACACGUGUAAACAAUGCUAAUCAAUAUGGAAUUAUACCGUGUAAACAAUGCUAAUCAAUAUGGAAUAAUACCGUGUAAACAAUGCUAAUCAAUAUGGAAUUAUACCAUGUAAACAAUGCUAAUCAAUAUGGAAUGAUACCGUGUAAACAAUGCUAAUCAAUAUGGAAUUAUACCGUGUAAACAAUGCUAAUCAAUAUGGAAUUAUACAGUGUAAACAAUGCUAAUCAAUAUGGAAUAAUACAGUAUGGAAUUAUACAGUGUAAACAAUGCUAAUCAAUAUGGAAUAAUACCGUGUAAACAAUGCUAAUCAAUAUGGAAUUAUACAGUGUAAACAAUGCUAAUCAAUAUGGAAUGAUACCGUGUAAACAAUGCUAAUCAAUAUGGAAUUAUACAGUGUAAACAAUGCUAAUCAAUAUGGAAUUAUACCGUGUAAACAGUGCUAAUCAAUAUGGAAUUAUGCCGUGUAAACAAUGCUAAUCAAUAUGGAAUAAUACAGUGUAAACAAUGCUAAUCAAUAUGGAAUGAUACCGUGUAAACAAUGCUAAUCAAUAUGGAAUGAUACAAUGUAAACAAUGCUAAUCAAUAUGGAAUGAUACCGUGUAAACAAUGCUAAUCAAUAUGGAAUGAUACCGUGUAAACAAUGCUAAUCAAUAUGGAAUGAUACCGUGUAAACAAUGCUAAUCAAUAUGGAAUUAUGCCGUGUAAACAAUGCUAAUCAAUAUGGAAUUAUGCCGUGUAAACAAUGCUAAUCAAUAUGGAAUUAUGCCGUGUAAACAAUGCUAAUCAAUAUGGAAUUAUACCGUGUAAACAAUGCUAAUCAAUAUGGAAUUAUACCGUGUAAACAAUGCUAAUCAAUAUGGAAUAAUACAGUGUAAACAAUGCUAAUCAAUAUGGAAUAAUACCGUGUAAACAAUGCUAAUCAAUAUGGAAUUAUACCGUGUAAACAAUGCUAAUCAAUAUGGAAAUAUGCCGUGUAAACAAUGCUAAUCAAUAUGGAAUAAUACCGUGUAAACAAUGCUAAUCAAUAUGGAAUGAUACCGUGUAAACAAUGCUAAUCAAUAUGGAAUGAUACCGUGUAAACAAUGCUAAUCAAUAUGGAAUGAUACCGUGUAAACAAUGCUAAUCAAUAUGGAAUAAUACCGUGUAAUCAAUAUGGCAUUAUACUAUGUAAAUAUAAUGUAUCAGGACUAUCCAAGAAAUCCAUCUGUUGUGGGCUGGUGGCAAUCCCGGCACAUUUUGAUUAAAAUUUUACUGCUGCUGAUCAUGAGCAGGUUCCUACAACCAAAUCUUGUUAAACUUUAAUAUUUCUUUUUCGACCCUUUGCAAUUUAUACUUACUGCUUCCUGUGUCAAAUCCCUUAUUCCUUCCUAUUUACGCUUACUUUCUUUUUGUCGUCGCCUUCUAUAUUGCAUGUUCCCCAAGGCUAUACAUGGGUUUCGUGAGACUGAGCGCCUGCAAUGGUCCCUGGAGAAUAUGGCAGUGAUACAACGGGUGAGAGAUAAGGCUUUUCCCCCUGGAGAGGCACAACUAUCACUAGUCCAUGUUCUGGACCUGCAAAAAGAGGGUUACAUCAAGCCGCACGUUGAUAGCAUUAAGGUAAGAGAGCAAGACUUACCUUGUAACACAAGCAUGUCAAACUCAAAGGCUAACACGGGCCAAAUAAACAAGAUUUAAGUUUAUGUGGACUGCAAAAAAAAACACAACAAAAAAAAUUCACUUUUUAUAGAAACAUAUGUUUAUUUUGAAAAGUACAGUAUUAAAAAAAAGUCGCCUGACUUGAUGUUCUCACACUUGCAUGGCUUUAAAGUAAACAAAAGAGCUAAAUUAUUUUAAGUAGAUGUGCAUAUAACAAAUGUUUCAGUCCAACUACCUUGAAAUAUUAAGAAAAGUUUGACAAUGGGACUGAAAUGGUGAAUGUAUGCUGUUGCACAGCUGUAAAAUACAAAUUGUUAUCUUGUUGAUUUUGAAGUCCUAUGAGUAUGUUCUUCACUUUGGCUGAGAUCAUCAAACUUGAUGAUGUAAGCCAAUCCAAUUAUUUCCCGUAGGAAGGCAUUGGGAGGCUAUUGUGCAUGUGUGGCAAAACGCUGCGCGGCCAAUCAGCAUCUCCAUGGGGAGUGUUCAGCACCUCCAUGCAGACCCAAUUUAAUACACUGCCCCUCCUCCAUUGUAAUACACUGCCACAACUCUCUCCACUCUAAUACACUGCCCCUUGAUCUAAUACACUGCUCCCCCUCACUCCACUCUAAUUGAAUACACUGACUCUCCCUCCCCCAAUUUAAUACACCGUUCCUCCCUCCCCCAAUUUAAUACACUGCCCCUACCUUCCCCAGUUUAAUACACUGCCCCUACCUUCCCCAGUUUAAUACACUGCCCCUCUUUCCCUACCUUAAGAUGAGCCACUGGUCCUCCAUUUCCAGCUCUGCCAAAGCAGACCAGACGCUCCUCUGGCACUGGGAGCAGGAGGGAAGGGGGAGUGGCUGGCAUACUCUGCAGACAGACAGCCAGGCUGCACACUGUAGCACAGCCACCGGAUAUGACUUCACAUGCUGAAUGCACAUUUCCGGUGGCCGACGUGGACUAAUGCUUAGCGCUCUUGCGGCCAUCUGAACAAGCGAUUGUCCAUGGUAGGGCAGACAGGAAAGAUCUUUCCUGUCUUGUGGCUGGUCACAGAUAGUCAUCUUGGGCCGCAAGUUUAAAAUGCUUGUUGGAACACAUUGGAAGUAGGUCCCACAUACUCUGACAAACUAUAUAAUUAGGAACAUCAUCCCUAAUACUUUCCAACUGGUGCCCAUGAAUUAUACUUUAAUCACUUCAUAGUUUGUCAAUACUGUCUUGGAUCUGACUAGAUCCUAGUCUGUUGCCAGUCCUAGUCUGUUCAAUUUGGCUACUCUGGCCUUAAAUUUGAAAUUCACUUUGAAUUCUCACUUUAGUAAAUAACCCUGUGUGUGUUUGAAGUAGAGAUCGACCGAUUAUCGGUCUGGCCGAUAUUUUGUAUUUUCAGCAAUAUCGGUAUCGGCCCCUGUGGGGCCCAGCACACUCUUACUUACUUUCCCAGCAGCUCCCUUAAGCCCCCCGUCUAACUCACGAGUCCCGCGGCCGUCAGAGCGUUGCCACGGAUUACCGUGGCAACGCUCCGUGCGGCACACAGGCAGUGGAAGUUAGACAGAGGAGCUGAAGAGAGCUGCUGGGAAGGUAAGUAAGAGUGUGCUGGGCCCCCUCUGCACAGUCCAUGCUACCGGACCACCAGGAAUGCCAUAUACCCCCUCCCUAGCCAUGUAAAAAGCAGGGAGGGGGACUAAAACAUAAUUUUGAAAAAUGUAAUAUAUAAAAAAAGAAGUCUUCUCCCCGUCCCUCUCCCCCAUUGUGUGUGUGUACACACACACACACACACACACACACACACACACACACACACACAAGAUUUGUGUACAAAUAUUUUUUUUUUUUAAAUGGUAAAAGAACAGAGUAUCGGUAAGUUAUCGGCUAUCGGUCUGAAAGUUCACAGAUUAUCGGUAUCGGCUCUAAAAAAUCAAUAUUGGUCGACCCCUAGUUUGAAGCUGUUGAAUAUCUUAUAUAAAGCUGUUAUUUCUUCUUUGCUUUUACUGUCAAUGUUUUAAAGUGACAUAAAGGUGCGCCUGGUGAUGUUUCAUUUUGAUCACAAUCUUCAUACAUACGUAAGAGUAAAUUUUGCUUUUCCUUUUUCCUAUGCCAGUUCUGCGGUAGCACCAUUGCCGGAAUAUGCCUGUUAUCCAGCAGUAUCAUGCGCCUGGUCUCCGUAGAAAACGCUGAUGAGAGAGCAGACCUACUGCUCCCUAGACGUUGCCUGUAUAUGCUUAGGUAAGUGGCACACACUGCCCUCACUGUUGGAUUGUACAUCUCUGUGGAAUAUGUUUGGGCUUUAUGAAUAAACAUAUGUUUAUAGGUUAAAAGAACAAUACUAAAUGUUUUUCACGUGAUCUUGAAAAAAAAAAAAAUAAGUUGUGGUUAACUUUGGAACUGCGUAAAUCAAUCCAUUCCAAGGCUGAUUGAGCAUUUCAGGAAUUGUAGAUUGCAUAUUUCUCUUCUGCCAAGCAUUUCAUUAAGAAAAUUCUGUACUUAAAAUUGCACUUAUAAAGCAUGUACUGAAUUCUCUCUGUGAUGUAUCUUACAAUUGGCUAGGUCUCUCGUAUAUCCUGUUUUGACCAGAGGAGCCUUGCGUGUUAAGGGGAAAAAUGUUAAUUUCCCUCCCACUUAAAAAUGCUUUUUAUUAUUUUGUCAGACCCCAAAUUCCUUUUUAUUUUAAAUUCACUUGGGGGAAGACGUACAUUUUUCCUCUGGAAUGAAGCAACCACAUGACUAUUUUUGUUUUUUGGAUUUUCUUUCUUUUUUUUACUUUUGUAGAAUUUUUGAGGCAGGGUUGUAGUCCAUAAAAGGCAUAGGAUGUCUGUGUAGGCAUCCAUAAAUUAAAGGCCUACUGCAUUAAGACCUCUGUGAAGUUUAAGUCAACAUUUCUGGAGUCUGACCAAGGCUCAUUAAAAUACUGUUCACUGUCACAGGACUGACUCAUGAUAAGAAAGCUGUGAGCUUUCUGAAACGUCACUCUCUCAAAUAGCCACAAUCGAUUCUUAGAUGCAAUAGAGUGUGGGUAACUUGCUGCGGUUCAAUGGCUGCUGAUGUCAACAAAGAAAAUAUGUGUCUGAUAUCCUUUCCAGACUCAUGGUACUAGGCUCAUGAGGCCAUUUAUUAUGUUCCCUAUUGAAAAGCAUCAGUCUGGCUCCUGCUUAGGAGAUGUUCCUAUUCUGAGGAAUUUGACCGUGUCUGAUUUGUUGCUUUCUGGACACAUAAAUCACUUGUUUGAUACAUGGGGUUAGAUGUUUUCGCUGGUAAUAUUAUCCUACCCUACUUUUAGUGUAGCAAUACUUAACCUCUAACUCUCCUGCAAUAUUUAAUCUAAAUUCCUACGAUCUUUGCAUUUGUAGUGGCAACUAGAAACCGUUAACCCAUAUGCAUUUGGUUUGCCAACCAUAUUUUGUGUUUAUAACGCUUGUUACUUUUUCCAUUUGUUUUAAUAAGUCAUUAAAUGCUUCUUACACUUACCAGCUGUGCUCUUGCGCUCUCUCUCUCCCCACAGUGGUGCUGUGCGCUAUAACUUUACACAUGAAAUAUUACGGGAUGAGGAAUCCGUCUUCAACGGGGAGCGAGUGCCACGGGAGCGUCGUAUAUCUGUCAUCUGCAGAAAUCUCCCUUUGAGCUGACAUACCUCUUGGGGGUGCACUCCAGAGACUGAUAACUGUAAAAGGUGCAAUAUGUAUGCCAGGGAGGUUAUGAGACCUUGUGCCCUGACGUUAAGACAUGCACACAACUAGUCCUUAUGUGAUCAUUCUAUUUCUGAUGUUUUAAUUUAAUGUUCAAUAUAUAUGAAAUGUAAAAACAAUAUUUCUCAUACUUGAUAAAUUAAUGUUCACGAGUAUGUGAUAAAGUAAUAGACAUGAAUUGAUCCAGCCCGUCAACCAAACAGUGCCAUAAACUAUUGUUAACAUUGCCUAAUUGACUUAGGUGCUGAAAGUUUGGCAGGUAGUACAACAGAGAUCUAAACAGCAAAAAUGUAUUUCAAUACUAUAUUUUUGAUAAAAUAUAUUUUUUAAUAAAAAAAUAAUAUGUAUAAGAUCAUACAUAAAAUGCAAUUUUUCCCAUGUUCCUGAGAUUCAAUUUUUUUUUGGUCUAAAUGUUUGUACUUAUAAUGGCUUGCUAAUUAUAACUUCAGUAGGGCUUUAGAGAAGAUGUUGCAGAAGCCAUAUUGCAGAAAUGGCCAACUUCGGGCACUCUUAAUAUUGCAUACUUUGAUUUUAUAUCCCAUUAAAUAGAAAGUUUCCAAUCACAGACAGUCCCUGGCUUAAAGCAGGAGUGUGUUCUGAAUAUUUUGUUCUGCUGUUACAGAUGGCCUUUAGAUAAAGGAGAAGACCACAUCUUAAAAAAGAGACAUUCUGAGAGAUACCCUAUGUCUUUUUUGUGACUGUGCCUAAUCAUGAGAUGUCAGAAACCAUUGCUACAUUGUUUUACAGGGAGUAAAUUUGCCAAUUAAUUUUGCCAAUUAACCUAUUAAUAAGGUUUUGCAUCUAUUACAAAAAAGAACUAAACCAUAACAUGCUAUGUGACCCUCUCCCUCAUUUUAUAAUUGUACAUUAAUAUUUUUCCAUAUGUUGACAAAAAGAUUCAUUUUAUUUUCAAUGUUGUUUUACAGAAUUGCAACAGAAUAAAUAAAUAAUUUAUCAGUUUAUAAAUAAAAAAAACAUAUAGCAUAGCAUGGAGAAAACCUGGCAGUGUGUUAUGGCUUGCAUUGUAUAAAUAUUAUCUGUGUCUGAUAACGAUUCCUUUCAGACUUGCUAUUUUUUAUAUAUACAUUUAAAUCCAUUAACCCGUUAACUUGAUUUGAGUGACGUCAUUAACUCAUAGGAGGUUUACUCCGCAAACUCUGAACUGUACUUAACUGAAAAUUGAAUGAAAAUAUUUAUGCUAAAAUAGCAUGGAAUAUAGCUGAGGCGGAGCAUUUUUCCAAACCAGCUAUUUUUACCACUCAGAUUUCAGUUUUAUAUUAUUUGGCGUUUAGCAAAUAGACCCCAUAGUGUUAGUGUGAAGGUGCAGAUUGCCAUUGCUAGAUGUAAUUGUACUUGGGCGUUCUGUAUUGGAGUUCUUCACUGAAUCACACAGUAUUAGUUUGCAUCUUACUUCUGUGAACUGGUCAUUUAACACAUCACUUGCCACGAAUCUUGAACUCUUCCAUAACUAGAAUGUUGUAGACCAUUAUUCCAUUAACAAAAUCAUUGAAAUUAAUUUACAUUGAGUUUCACCCAGAUUGUGCUAUACAAAGUCUUUCGAAUACCCAUGUUGGCUUAUCUCAGCGGCACCAUGUAUUUGGGUUAUCUUCUUGUAAAGAUGCCUUUGAUUUUCUCAUGUUUCACUCUCUUUGGGUUACCACCAGUAGGCAUUAGGUAAGUUGCAUUUGUAAGAACUGUCCCUUUGUUGCUGCCCCAAGACAGUUAUUUAUCUGUCCGUUACUGUAGAUCAGCCUACACAACCACAGGCUGCUGCCGAGAGCUGCUCUACUGUGUGCCACCGAUGUCUAUCAUCCAGAAAUGCUACAUCUUCAUAGUGCGUAGGACGACAGCAUGGUCCCCCAAAGAUUUUGUCCUCCAACAAGGACGGUUGAUCACUUUUCUGCAGUAGACGUGAUAGUGUCAGGUCGUGGUUAGUACGUGAUCUGGGACAUCCGCCACCACAGUACUUGAAAAGGACGGUCUCCUCCGAGUCAUACCCCAGCCCUAAGUCGCCAACUUGGAGCAGCAGAGUUUUCAGACGGCAUUCCCUCUCGUCAGUGCGCGGUCUGCCCGGUUGAGCCAGCCUCCUCCUUACCCUUGGCUUUGUCCUGUCAUCAUAUAGUGAGGAGAUUUCUCCAGCAUCUAUUACAAAGGAGGGGAAAGGUGGAGAAAGAAUGUCAUUUUCUUUCAAUUUUUUUUUAUUUUUUUUACUUUUAAAAAUCAUAGAAACAUAGAAUGUGACUGCAGAUCAGAACUGUUUGACCCAUCUAGUCCGCCCAAUUUUCUAAAUACUUUCAUUAAUCCCUGGCCUCAUCUUAUAGCUAGCCUUAUGCCUAUCCCACGCAUGCUUACACUCCUUUACUGUGUUAACGUCUACCACGUCAGCUGGAAGGCUAUUCCAUGCAUCCACUACCCUCUCAGUAAAGUAAUACUUCCUGAUAUUAUUUUUAAACCUUUGUCCCUCUAAUUUAAGGCUAUGUCCUCUU